AGUGAGGAAACCAGAGAGAAAAGUCCUGGGCUCCGGCAGGUGCCAAGGAAGGGGAAGGCCUUGGUGUGAGCUGGUGACAGCAGCGGAGGGAAGAGUCCCAGCAUCUGUGAGGAGUCAAGGGAGGACAGGGCCUUUGUCUGAGUACAAAGGCAGGUCAGCUGCGCCGGCCACAUCAGGUCUGAAGAGGGGGAGUCACACCUCUAGCGGGAGUCCAGGAAAGGACCCUUGGUGAGGAACAAAGGUUCCUAGGAGACAAACCGUCCGGGAAGACAGGAGCCCUCCCUGUGAGGCCUUAGAGCACCCCUUAACAAGGAGACCUGCUCGUGGGAUCUCACCUCCCAAACUCCUGCUCACACUUGCGCCUGCGGCUCCCAACAAGACUCAACAUGUCUCGCUUUUCAAAGCAUCCACGCCUCACAGCUGAGCCCAGCUCUGUGGCCCAAAGUGAGAUGCAGCUUUCCGUACCUAGGGAGGAGGAGGAGGAGGAAUCCUCUUGCUCUUUCAGCUUCUCCUACCUCUCCAGCUCCUCCUCUACUCCUUCCUCUCCUGUAAUGCCAGGUACUGGAGAGGAGGAGGAGGAGGAGAAGGAGGAGGAGGAAAAGGACGAGGAGGAGGAAGAGGAGGAGGAAGAAGAGCAGGAGCAGCCUGCUGCCCAGACACCAGGUCCUCCCCUGAGUCCUCAGAGAUAUGCGGCGCAGAGCAUGUCCGAUGGAGCCUCCGGUGGCCCAGAGAGUGAGGAGACAAGCUCCCCGCAGGCCUCUGCAGACCCCGAUUCUAUGGACAUAGAUCCACUAGAAGAGAAGGUGGCCAAUUUGGUGCAUUUCAUGGUCUUUAAGUAUCGACUGAGGAGGUCUGUUACAAGGGAAGAAUUGCUGAAAGUUGUUAAGAGAAGGGACAGGGCUCAAUUCCCUGUGAUCUUUCAGAAGGCUUGUAAGUGCUUGGAGGUGAUCUCUGGUGUUGAUGUGAAGGAAGUGGACCCUGCCACCCACUCCUAUGUCCUUGUCAACUCACUGGAUCUCACCUAUGACGAGAUGCUCGGUGACCUCCAGAGCAUGCCUAAAAACGGCCUCCUGAUAAUCAUCCUGGGUCUGAUCUUUUUAGACGGCAACUGCGCCCUUGAGCAAAACAUCUGGGAGUUCCUGAGUAUGCUGGGAGUGUAUCCUGGGAGGAAGCACUUCAUUUAUGGAGAGCCUAGGAAGCUCAUCACCGAAGUUUGGGUGCGGGAAAAUUACCUGCUGUACCAGCAGGUGCCUGACAGUGACCCUCCACGCUACACGUUCAUGUGGGGUCCCAGGGCCCAUGCUGAGACCAGCAAGCUGCAAGUUCUAGAAUUUUUGGCCAAGAUCAAAGGGACUGACCCCACUUCCUUCUCAUGCUGGUAUGAGGAGGCUUUAAGAGAUGACAGAGAGAAAGCCGAGGCCAGAGCUGCCCCCAGGGGUCGUGCGGCUGCCCCCUGCAAGGCACGGAAGUAGUCUGUAGCCUCUCCUUCCCCAGCUGAAGAACGAGCCCGAAUCCUCACUGUGUGUCUGGAAAGGGCGCUCACAGUUCCAAGGAGAGGAGGGCCAGAGUGAGGGCCAGGCUGGGGAGAAGACAGUGCACAGCAGCUCUGUCUUCCUAUGCUGCAUAGGGGACCUGGAGGCUUACCUUGUUUUUCCCCCCUUUUGGUGUGUUUCAAGUGCUGUUGCUUGUAGUGAGGAGUUCACGAGCUUUGGGAUCUAAGUUGAUGAAGCAAAUUCGCGUCGCAUGCAUC